AUGUCCGUCGCCCCAGCCGCCAAAACAUUCAAGGCCGAAGAAGCCGAGAACCUUGAAGACAUCGAAAAGCAGUUCGCCGUUAAAGCGGUGAUGCACGCACAGACGUACUGGAGCAUCCUCGAGACGCGUAAAGGGACGGACCUGCGGCUGACGCGCUUCGACGACGAGAUCUAUACGCACCUGCUGGAGGUGUUUCCGGACUUUGAUGCGAGCAAGGCGCUCGACGAGGACGAGAUGAAGAGUAAGGAGGGCAAGGAGAAGUGGAGGGAGUUCAUGAUGAAGUAUGAGAAGACGGUCGAUGAUUAUAACUUUGGUACGCUCUUGAGGACCGAUGCGAAGGCAGAGUAUGAGAAAGAUACCACUAUCUUUGUCCCCAGAAUGCAGUUCUACGCCAUCGAAAUCGCCAGAAACCGCCACGGCCUCAACAACUGGAUCAAGGAGAAGAUGGACGCCGAGAAGGCCGAGAAGGCUGCUGCCGCAAAGUAG